UUGACUUUGUGGUCCCCAUUGUUGAUUGACUGUGGUCCCCAUUGGUGUUUGACUGUGGGUCACAUUGGGUUGGCCUUUCUCUUCAUGGUGGUUGGCAAUGCUCUUCAUGGUGGUGGUCGUUCUUAUCAUGAUGCAAGUGGACGUCGUGGCAAUAAGUAAUGUUUGUUUUUUAAUUUUUUAAACAUCCGCAAGUUUUGUCCGCAAAUACAGGUUUCUUAGUUUGCUCCUAUUAUUGUGGGUUCCUUGGGUGUCCGUUUCACAAGUCUUUAGCGUUUUCCACUUAUCACUCACCAACAAGCUUCAACACUUCCGUAUUUUUUGGAAAGAAUGGCACGGGUAGUGUUUUAUUUGGAAAACAUUUUGCUGCAGACUUGGUUUUUAUUUAAAUGACGAACAGCUUGCUCGACUUCCAAUUAGAAUGUCUAUGGAUUCGAACUUAAAUAUAGAAGAGAAGCUGCAGAGUCCAUUCAGGAAAUGGCUGAACGGUAUAAUCAUAACAUUCCACAACACAGAGGACAUCCGGCAAAGCUGCAUUCGCUUCAACAAGGGGACAAUUGCUGGUUGCAUUUAUCUGGCUUGUGAUUAUGAAGUGUGA